AUGAUGAAAGAACCUGAGAAGAUCAUUAAGAAACAACAUAUAAAUGGCUAAUUGAAAUAUUAAGUGAAAUGGAAGGGUUUUGAUGAAACGACAUGGGAAGUUGAAGAUAAUGUAAAAAAGUACAAAGAACUAAUUGAAGAUUUCAACUAUUUCUGUUUGACAGGAGAAAGAUAUGAUGACAAGAAACUUGAUGAAAUCAGAUAAAUAACGGCAUAAGCUUAGCCUAGAACUGCAAUAAAAAGAGUUGCUGGACCGAGACCUCCUGAUCCAAACAAAAAGGAUAAAAAGACAGAAAAAGUAGAUUAAAAGUAAUCAGAAAUUAGCGAAACCUUGUCGUAAAGUCAAUUAGAGAAUGGCAAUAACAACCACACUCUUAGUGCUUCAAAUAAUAAUAACAUUCUUAUUUGCAAUGAAAACUAAACGCCUCAGAAUUCCAAUUAAAAUAAUGUAAUUUCAAAUCUGUAAACCUCGCUGAUUGUCAAUAUGCAUUAACAGAAUCAUAAAACUGGUAGUAUAAUCUCGUAAAAACAAUAGGAAUUAACUUAAAAAGUAACCUAACAUUACGCAAAUUAAGAUGACAAAUUAGCAGUGAUUAAAUUAUAAAUAACCGAAGACAAUUGUGUAUUCUAAUUAUAAUGGAAACAGAGGAGUGAUGGAAUAACUCCACUUCCUGAAUUCUACAGCUAUGAAUAGUUUAAAUUGCAAGCUCCUUUGUUUUUUAUUAAAUUUAUAGAAACAUGUUUACUAGAAUGUUAGAGCAGCGACAGUGACAUCAAAUUCGAAAUAGCAGGAAAGGAUAUGUUCGAGAAGACAAAUUUAAUAAAAAGUGCCUUAUAAAAAAGAGAAAUGGGUGACAAAAAGAAAGGUGUCUAACAAUUGUUGAUUUCAUGA